AUGUUAUACUUAUUUUUGGUGUCAAUUUUCCUUUAUGUAUACUUUUUUUCACGAGGCAAGAAAUAUUCCGGUCGAUUACCCCCUGGUUCGUUGGGACUUCCUUUGAUAGGUCAAAGCUUUGAUCUUCUAAAAGCUUUGAAAUCCGACGAGGUCGAAGAAUGGAUCAAAAAAAGAAUUGCUAAACAUGGUCCAAUUUGGAAAACCAGACUAUUUGGAUAUCCAACAGUUGUUUUACAUGGUAUAGCGGCAAAUAAGUUUGUAUACACUUGUGAUGGAAACAUACUCACCAACAAACAGCCACCAUCUAUUAGUAGGAUCAUGGGUACUCGUAAUAUAAUCGAAUUGACGGGUGAUGAUCACAAACGAGUUAGAGGCGCCUUGGUUUCUUUCUUGAAGCCUGAUGUUUUGAAGCAAUAUGUUGCAAAAGUAGAUGAAGAAAUCCAAAACCACUUGGAGACGCAUUGGCGUGGUAAAAAUGAGGUCCAGGUGCAACCCUUGAUUAGGAACUUAACCUUCAACGUAAUUUGUUCACUUCUCAUUGGGAUCGAAAGAGGACCUAAACGAGACCGUUGUCUACCACUUUUUCAAGAUCUGAUCAAAAGUAUGCUUGGAAUUCCGGUCAACUUGCCUUUUACUAAAUUUGGCCGUGGACUUAAAGCGAGGAAGAAACUAGUAACAAUGCUUGAAGAUCUUAUAAAUGAGAAACGAGAAGCACUCAAAGAGCAAAAACAACAAGCUAAUCCUCAUAAAGAUCUUAUUGCUUCGUUGCUUCAGAGUAAAAACGAUGAUAGCUCGACAAUGAUGUCUGAUGAGGAGAUCAUUGACAACAUCAUGGUUGUUAUGGGUGCAGGAUAUGAUACUACAUCCAUUCUGCUUACACUGUUGAUGAGACUUUUGGCUAACGAUGAAUCUAUUUACUCUAAGAUAUCCGAAGAACAAGAAGAAAUAUCCAAGCGUAAAGCACCAGGGGAAGCUUUGACAUGGGAAGACCUUACUCAGAUGAAAUACACAUGGAGAGUAGCUUCCGAGACACUUAGAAUACACCCUCCUGUGAUUUUAACAAUUCGACGAGCAGCCCAAGAUUUUGAGUACGGAGGAUACAUUAUCCCCAAAGGAUGGCAAGUGAUGCUUUCAUCGUCAAUGACGCAUAAUGAUGAUAGCAUUUUCCAAAACCCAACCAUGUUUGAUCCGACCCGUUUUGAGAAGAAUGCACCAUCACCACCACCUUUCAGUUUGUUGCCAUUUGGAGCUGGGCCAAGGAUGUGUCCUGGUUUUGAACUUGCAAAAAUGGAAACUUUAGUUAUGAUUCAUCGCUUGGUGACGAUGUUCAAGUGGGAGCUUGUUAACAAAGACGCAUCGUUUAAAAGAAUCCCGAUGCCAGAGUUUGAUCAAGGGAUGAAGGUUCAAUUAAAGCCAAUAGAAAGAGACUAG